AUCGCACAUGUAUUACAGUUUAGUGAGUUUACGGUCUAAGUAAUUAUAAUCUAUGAAUGAUGAUUGAUGAUACUUCGUGGUAGGCCCCGUCUGUGUUCUCAAUCUCAUCAUACAUGAUACAGUACAAAUCUGGGAAAAGUGCGCAUGGCAACUCUAUGUCUAACUUAGUUAGUGCCAGUACUGCAGUAGUGGCUAUAGUCAGUGCUACUGCUAGUUCCACUACUAACCCGGUCAGGCUCUACCCUAGAGUAUAGCUCUAUAUUACUGCUACUAGCUAUAGUUCUACCAUCAUGAAACCCUCUAAAGCAGAGAAGAAAGCAAUAAGAAAGGAAGCAAAAUUAAAGAGCGCAUUGAUGACACACGAAGGAAUAUGUACGUCUUCGUCUCCUACAAGCAUCUUUUCGUCGCAAACGGAGGCUUGGUCUGUGGUGUGAGCAAAGAGCAACUACUCGAGAUCUUUCAACCGUAUGGUGAGGUGUCCAACGUUGUCAUGGUGCCCGACAAGCCUCAUGCUUUCAUUAGCUACGUAGAUGUAGGUGGAGCAACACGUGCCGUCGCCUGUGCCCAGGGCUACGAUAUACGCAGUAGUGGAGCUCCCGGGGCCAAGCUUCACCUGCUGUACGUUGAAAAAUUGCCCGAUGUCAUUUCUCCGAGCAAUGAUGGGAUGGUGCUGCCACCUGGAUUGAUUUUGGUUCACGACAUCAUAUCAGAGGAUUACGAACGAGAACUUCUCGCUGCCAUCUGUUGGGAAGAGGAUUUUUCUACCCAAAAAGCUCAAAACAGUCUUCGACAUCGACAGGUGAAACACUUUGGCUACGAGUUUCGCUACGACAACAACAACGUUGACAAGGACAGUCCGCUAGAGCAGCCAGUGCCUGCCGCGUGUUGCUGUGUGCUGGACACGCUGCGAAACCUCGGACAUCUGCACCAGGAGCCGGACCAGCUUACCGUGAACCAGUAUCUACCCGGUCAGGGUAUCCCGCCGCACGUUGACACGCACUCGGCGUUCGAAGAUCAGCUCGUGUCGCUCAGUCUCGGAUCGGCCGCCAUGAUGGAGUUUCGGCGCGACGACGGGCGCCACCUACCGGUCGUGCUGCCGCGACGCAGCGCCAUCGUUAUGACGGGAGAAUCCAGAUACUUGUGGACGCACGGCAUCACGCCGAGGAAGACAGACGUGGUGCCGACAGAGAGCGGACGCGGGCUGACGCUGCAGCCGCGCGGGCUGCGAACAUCGUUCACGUUCCGCAAGGUGCGCCGGACACCGUGUGACUGCGGAUAUCCAGACCAGUGCGACUCACAGCGAAGCGCUAGCAGGGUUGCCACUGACAACACAGAAGAUGAAGCUCUCUCCAAGUCGAACCAGGAAGCUGCAGAGCUGGAGUGUGCACACGUACACCAGGUGUACGAGGAGAUAGCGGGACAUUUCAGUGGAACUCGGCACAGGCAGUGGCCCCAGGUGGCCGAGUUCCUAGCCUCACAACCUCGAGGGUCUCUCAUGCUGGACGUUGGGAGUGGAAACGGCAAAUACCUGGCAGGGAGCGAGCACCUCGUCAAGGUUGGCUGCGAUCGCAGCGGCAACCUGAAUGAGAUCAGCAGGCGGCGAGGUCACGAGGUGUUUGGCUGCGACUGCCUGCGCGUCGCCGUGCGCGCCGCCACCAUCGAUGUCUGCCUCUCCAUCGCCGUCAUCCACCAUCUCUCCACGCGGGAGAGAAGACUAGCCGCCAUUGAGGAGCUGAUGCGAGUGCUGACCCCUGGUGGCAAGGCUUUGAUCUACGUGUGGGCGAUGGAGCAGGAGCGUGGCGAACAAGCAAAGUCUAGUUACAUCAAGAAGAAGAACGCGAGAGAGGGAGAGCGGCCCGGCGUGCGGAGCGGUCCGGGAACGACGGACGCCGCGUCAGUGAACAGACGCGAACCCACGACCAGCUGUGACGGGAUGGUCGGUGAGACAGUGACCGGGAACACCGGCGACGCCACGAUGCGUCGACGAUCGACGGACGGACAUCCGGGCGAUGACGGCGGCUCAGACGAGGUUCCGCGCAAGCUUCCCGUUCACGUGAACAGGACGAACUUCAAGCACCAGGACGUGCUCGUGCCCUGGCACCUGCGCGGCGGCCGCCCGCCGCCCGUCGCCCCCGGCAAUGACAACGACGAGCAGACGCCGCCCGUCUUUCAUCGAUUCUACCACGUUUUUCGCCAGGGGGAGCUGGAGGCGCUGUGUGCGAGCGUCAGCUGCGCGAGGACGGUGAGGAGUUUCCAUGACAACGGCAACUGGUGCGUCGUACUAGAGAAGACUCGCGAGGAUUCUCCUCCUCUCUAGAAACAGAUCUCCCUAUAAUACGAACUAUAAUAUAUGUAUAUAAUAUAUAUAUAAUAUAUAUAGAACGAGUCCAGUCUCCCUAGUCCAGUCCUUCCUUCCGACUGAGAAGCUGCCCUGGAAGAGGCUGUUCGUGAUGUGUUUGCCCCAAACACAUUCAUAAGAGAGAGGAGGUGAGGGGUACGAGUGGGAGAGAGUGCAAGUGGUUCGAUCGAUGCAACAUCGUAAAACUGUUAAUCAUCAUUACCUGAAAACCCCCCAGUACAAUUAUGUACAGGUAUGUACAGGUAUGUACAGGUAUGUACAGGUAUGUACAGGUAUGUACAGGUAUGUACAGGUAUGUACAGGUAUGUACAGGUAUGUACAGGUAUGUUGCGAGUAAUUGUUCAUGACUGUGACGACAGGCGAAGAAAGAUCGCCGAAUAAAAACGGCUGAGUUUUAGA